UCCGCAGCUGGCUUCGUAGCUCUGAAGCUAAAGGAGAGCGCUGCACAAGCUAGCGCGCGCUAACGCUAGCUAAACUGAGGGAGUCCGUAACGCUGGACGGCUAACGGUGCAUUCACCGAAGACGGCAGCUCAGAGGAGGAACUAUUGGCGCUACAGCUACAGGAUAUGUGACACGUUAGCCGCACAGACAAGUCUCCGAUGACACUGCUGUAAAAUUACAGGCCACGGGCAAAGAUGUACACAUCCUUCCCUUGGUUUCCCGUGAAUCUCACCUGGAGUGGGAGGGUUUUGUGAAGAAGGCGAGAGGAGGAAGGAAGAUACGUGGACUGUAAACCGGAGUCAUGAAUCUCCAUCAGGUCCUCACGGGGGCUGUCAACCCGGGGGACAACUGUUUCUCUGUCGGGAGCGUCAACAAUGUGCCAUUCACGGCCUAUGCAUCAGGUUGCGAUGUGGUGAUUUUGGGCAGUGAUUUUGAGCGACUGCAGAUCAUCCCAGGGGCGAAGCAUGGCAACAUCCAGGUCGGCUGUGUCGACUGCUCGCUGCAGGGUGGACAGAUUGCAGCUUCCUAUGGAAGCAUCGUGUGUGUCUUUGAGCCUGUUCAGCACCCGGAUCAGAAGGACACCUCGUUGACUAAAUUGAACUGCCAAUGGCAGAAGACUGGUCAGUUUGUAUUACAGUCUAUGGUACGGAACCUGGCCUGGCACCCCACAGGCAGCACUCUCCUGACAGGCUCUAAUAGCCUCCAGUUGUGGUCUAAUGCUAAUGGAGUCAAAGAUGAAGCUGAAGAAACGGAGCAGCAGACAAAAAUGACCAUCAGAGACUCUCGCUCUGCCUGGAGGUGCAUCUGGGAGAGCAAGACCGCGUCUUCAGUCAGUCUAAUGAAGUUCUCUCCCGACGGGGAAUUCUUUGCCACGGCUGGGCAGGAUGACUGCCUAGUAAAGGUCUGGUACAGCACCAGUAAGUGGAAGUCAGGUGUUUCCAGACUUUUUACACCUCCAGACCCCAGUGUGACUGUCCAGGGCGAGCUGGCCUUCUCCUUCGUCUACCUGGCCCAUCCCCGCUCUGUGACUGGUUUCUCUUGGAGGAAGACCAGCAAGUACAUGCCACGAGGUGCAGUGUGCAAUGUUCUGCUCACCUGCUGUAAGGACAGCGUGUGUCGGCUCUGGGCAGAGACGCUGUUGCCAGGUGACAGCCUCCUCUCCGGUCACCAUAACAACCACACUUCUGGCCAACACGGCGAAAUGCAGAAAUGUGCCGGGCCCUCGAGGAAAAGCACCUGCAAUGGGAAGACACAAGGACGAACAGCACAAGAAUUGAAUUUUCAAGAGUCGUGGCACUCCUCCUUUCACCGGGACAUACCUCUGCCCUCUCUGACCGGCUGCCUGCCUCACCACCAGAGCCGACACUAUAACCACAAGAGGAGCAGCAACAACAUACCCCAUGCCAACGCUCUCUGCCACUUCCACAUCGCUGCCAGCAUCAACCCUGCCACAGACAUUCCUCUACUGCCCUCCAUCUCCUCUCUGAACGCUACGGACGACGAGGAACCCGGGGGUCCGUUUACUGUCCACUGGCUCAACAACAAAGAGCUUCAUUUCACUUUAGCCAUGGAGGUCUUCCUGCAGCAGCUCAGAGGGAGUCUGGAACAGCAGAAUGAAUGCUCUAAUGAAGACCCCGAGGAUGAAGAUAACUUUGAAGACGAUAAUAGCAGCAGGCCAAGUGACCCCCAAGGACUGGAGGCUGUGGAGCUUCCUCUGGCGGCGGUGGAGCACCAGGUGGAUGUGCUAUUAGAGGAGUGGAACAAAGGGGCCGACAUGCUGUUCAGCAUUCAUCCCAUGGACGGCUCUUUGUUGGUCUGGCAUGUGGACUGGUUGGAUGAAUAUCAGCCGGGCAUGUUCAGGCAAGCUCAGGUGUCGUUUGUGUCCCGUAUCCCUGUAGCGUUCCCCACAGGGGACGCCAUCUCCCUGAGCCACAGUGUGGUUAUGUAUGCCUGUAACAAGAAUGUGGAUCUGGCUAUCCAACAUGGCAGACAGCGACCACCCGGGAGCACGCUGCCUCAAACCAAAUCUGCCCUAAUAAGCUAUGGAGGUCAUGGAAAAGCUGCAGCCAGCAGUAGUCUUCGACUAAGCAUUUUCACCCCCAAUGUGCUUAUGAUCUCCAAACAUGCUGAUGGCUCUCUAAAUCAGUGGGCAGUCAGCUUCGCAGAGGACUCUGCUUUCUCCACUGUGCUCAGUGUCUCUCACAAGUCACGGUACUGUGGCCACCGCUUCCACCUCAAUGACCUGGCCUGUCACUCAUUGCUCCCUCUCCUCCUCACCACCUCACACCACAAUGCCUUGAGGACGCCAGACGCAGACAACAUCCUGGCUCCUCCGGAAGCCUGCCCCUCUGGCUUCUCUCAUACCACAUCUCUGUCCCGCGGGUCACGGCCCAGUCGGGUGUCCCUGGGUGCAGUCUCCCAGGAUCCCAAUGCAAUUUACAGUGAGCUGAUUUUGUGGAGAGUGGACCCCGUCGGCCCACUGUCUUUGUCAGGCGGGGUCUCGGAGCUAGCGAGAAUCAAUUCUCUCCAUGCAUCAGCGUUCGCUAAUGUAGCCUGGCUACCCACGCUCAUACCCAGCAGCUGUUUGGGUGCAUACUGCAACUCUCCCAGCGCCUGCUUUGUGGCAAGUGACGGUCUGUCACUCAGGCUCUAUCAGGCUGUGAUUGAAGCUAAGAAACUCCUGAGUGAGCUCUCCAAUCCUGAGAUAUCGAAAUCCGUCGGGGAGGUGUUCAACAUCAUCAGUCAGCAGUCCACGGCAAAGCCAGGGUGUAUUAUCGAGCUGGAUGCCAUCACUGACUUUCAGGGGAAGGAGACCCAGCUCCUGCAUGUGUUCGAGGAGGAUCUGAUCCUCGGCAGUGAGAGAACAGAUGCCACACAAGAAACUCCUGAUCCUCCUCAUAAUGCCUCCAGUCAGCCGGCUUUCUCAGCGCGUUUUUUCCUGGUGGUGGUAGAAUUAACCCCAACAGGUCGCUCGGUCCUGCACAUGUGGCAUCUCCAUCUCGCUGCUCGGCCCGUCGCCAUGGAAGAAACCCAGACAAAGAAGGAUACCACCACAGCUUCUCCUGUGAACAGCUCGAAGUUUAUCUUUGACACAGUCAGCUCUCCAAUAACUCAGAAGAGUAAAUCCUGCACUUCCAAUCUGCAGAGCGCCUGUCGCCUCAGCCUCACAACACACAGGCUGUACAGUCAAGAGAUGGCUCUUCCAGAGGGGGUGGAAGCCAUCAGUGUCACUCCCUCAGCAGAUCACUUGAGUUCAUCCUGUUCUCUGCCAGCUGGCCGUGUGCCUUACCUCCUCGCUACUUCCUGCUCUGAUGGAAAGGUGCGCUUCUUCAGGUGCAAUGUUGAGACGCCGGAGCCCUGCAGUUUGAACAACUUGGUGUACCAGUGGGAGGAGUGGCCCCUCCUGGUGGAGGAGAGAUUUCCCAGCAGCAGCGCAGUCAGUGUGCCAGGUCUCCCCGUAGAGGUGAGCUGCUGCCACACUGGACGGAUUGCAGUUGCCUACAGGCAGAUACCGAACACACCUCUACCCGCAACACCUCAUCUUCACUCUCAUGGACUGCUGGCUUCUCCGCCUACCUUGGCAUCCUCCCCCUUUGUACACUACAGCACCAACAACACCCUCUUGACCCCAACGCUCACGGUACAGCACAGUCCAAAUCUCACUUUAAGCCCGAACCCAGCGAACACUAGAGAGCCACUGGUCCACAUCGGCAUCUUCCAGUGUGAGUCUACUGGUGGUUCACAGUGGAUUCUAGAGCAGACCAUCGUCUUGGACAGCACAGACCCAACAGCUAGCUAUGCUGUUAGCAAUAUGACUGGAAGUACCGAUAUUCCAAGUAACAUCGACUUCUCAAUUCCUAACGAGAACUGUCUUGGUUCUACUAGUAAGAGCCUGGUUCACUUGGACUGGGUUUCCCAAGAGGAUGGAUCACAUGUUCUGACUGUUGGCAUUGGGACAAAGAUUUAUAUGUAUGGCCGUCUGGCUGGGAAGCCUCCAGAACUGGGUCUGUCUUCUGAUGCCACGAGAGACCAAAGCUUGUCUCGCCUGGUUCUGCUUCGAUCGGUCAAUCUGGUCUCCUCUGUUGAAGGCUCAUUGCCAAUCCCAGUUUCCCUCUCCUGGGUACGAGAUGGAAUCCUGGUGGUUGGCAUGGACUGUGAGAUGCACGUCUACUCUCAGUGGCAGCCGCCAGCACCACCCAAACCUAAUGUCACAGUUGCCCAAGACACAGACAUCAGCAGCAGCAUUUCCUCCAUAGUCUCAGCAGUCAGACAGUGCCAGGAGGAGGGUCUCAGCCCUGCGGCCCCCAACGCUUUACUGGCCCCUCCAAAAAAGGCCCUGACGAGGUCAAUGAUGAGCCUAGCUCAGAAACUCAGUGGGAAGAGAACAGCUUAUGACCUGCCUGUAGAGAUGGAGGAUUCUGGGCUUUUUGAAGCAGCUCACCAACUCUUUCCCACCCUACCCCAGUACCAUCCUGUACAGUUACUGGAGCUUAUGGACCUCGGGAAGGUUCACCGUGCGAAAGCCAUUCUCUCCCACCUGGUGAAGUGCAUUGCUGGUGAAAUUGUGCCACUUAAAGACAACACCGCCAAUCCAGAGAAACGUGUGCGCUCCCGAACCAUCAGCGCCGGCGGCAGCACAGCCAGGGACCGCAAGAUGUUCGGCAAAGCAGAGGGCUCCGCCACCGAUUACACGGAGAUCAGCUCCGUCCCUCCCCUGCCUCUGUACGCCCUUCUGGCCGCUGAUGAGGACACACCAAAUCCUGAUAAAGUAGGCAGCGUGAGUGGAGACAGCGGGCACGGUUCCAGCCAUACGGAUGCUUACGAUGAGCUCUUUCAUACGCCCAACAUGGUCGACCUGGACCCCCUGGACAGCGAGCAAGAGGAAGCGGGGAAUAAGGUUAUAGACCUAUCCCAGUACAGUCCUACAUACUUUGGUCCAGAACAUGCCCAGGUUCUGUCCAGCCACCUCCUCCACUCCAGUUUGCCAGGUCUAACUCGGAUGGAGCAGAUGUCGCUCAUGGCGCUCGCCGACACAAUCGCUACCACAAGUACAGACCUCAAGGACUGCCAGGGGAAGAGCAAGGGCGGAGAGACACUGGAUGAGUGUGGUUUGAAGUUCUUGCUGGCUGUCAGACUCCAUACCUUCCUCUCUACCUCCGUGCCUCCAGCACACCGAGUACAGCUGCUACAGCAAGGCCUGUCAACGUGUCAUUAUGCCUGGGCCUUCCACUCUGACGCCGAGGAGGAGCUGCUGAACAUGCUGCCUGCCCUCCAGAAGGGAGAGCCCACCUGGCCGGAGCUGCGCUCCAUGGGAGUGGGCUGGUGGCUGCGCAGCACCAACAAGCUACGCAGGUGCAUUGAGAAGGUUGCCAAGGCAUCUUUUCAGAGAAACAAUGAUCCUCUGGAUGCAGCUAUAUUCUACCUUGCAUUGAAAAAGAAGGCGGUGGUUUGGGGAUUGUACAGGUCUCAGAAGAAUGUGAAAAUGACAGAGUUUUUUCGCAACAACUUCAGCGAGGAUCGGUGGAGGAAAGCAGCCUUGAAAAAUGCUUUUUCUCUGCUGGGAAAGCAGCGGUUCCAGCAUUCUGCAGCCUUCUUCCUUCUAGCCGGCUCCCUUAAGGAUGCUGUGGAGGUGUGUUUAGAGAAAAUGCAGGACCUCCAGCUGGCCCUGGUGAUCUCCAGAUUGUAUGAGUCUGAGUUUGAGACUGCAUCCACCUACAAAAAGAUCCUUCAGAGACAUGUUUUGGGACACGACAAACAGAUUCCUGCCCACAAGGACCCAUUUUUGAGGAGCAUGGCUCAUUGGGUCUUGGAAGACUACAGCAGAGCCUUGGACACGCUACUUGAGCAGCCUGCUAACAGCAGCAGCUCUCGGCCCACUGAGAGCAAAUAUGACACUGGUUCUUCUGUGUCGACAUGCAACCCUGAGGUUUUCAACUUUUACACCUAUCUCCGCACCCACCCGCUCCUCCUCCGCCGGCAUUUUGGCUCCUCAGACAAAGCUAAAGUUGGCCUGACUGCUGAGGGUCGCAGGGCUGACUCCAUAAGCCUGGAUGAGAGAAGACUGUUUUUCACAGCUGCAUAUGCACACCUACACGCUGGCUGCCCCAUGUUAGCACUUGAAGUCCUCUCCAAGAUGCCCAAAGUCCGCAAGCAUUCCAAACUCCCCGACCAGGGGGAUGCAGGCACAGCCGCUGAACUCAGCGUUGGCAGUAGGAGUGCAUCAGAGCCGGAUUGGUCUCAGCCAGCGCUGAACGGCUACGAGUCAGACGGGAACAGCUUGUCCAACAGCCAGUCAGAUUCAGUGCUAAGUUUUGACUGGAGCCAGCCGUCACUGACACUUCCAGACGAGCCCCUGGAGCUGAAGUGGGACAGCGACAAAGAUGAUGGAGACAAUGACGAUGACGACGAUGCGGAUGAAGACGAAACAAAAAAUGGUAAGAGCGGUAAAACGGCAGACAGCAGCAGCGUGUUCCAGGACGCGCAGGAGGCCACGCCGGCUGCAGGAGAAGACCCCGAGGACAGCAGUGACUUCAUUGCACCAUCUGAUGAUAUCUUGGUGGCUCAGCUGAAGUUUACUGCCUGCUUAAAGAUUAUGACCAACGAGCUCCGGACGCUGUCGACGGGCUACGAACUGGACGGAGGGAAGCUGCGUUAUCAGCUCUACCAGUGGUUAGAGAGAGAGGUGGUGGCUCUCCAGCAUUGCUGCAGCUAUAAACCUUGCCUGCCAGAGCUGUCUGUCCAGGGUGAUGGCCCCGUUUCUGGAUUGGUAGAGGAGGAACAGCCUGGAAGCCCCCGUGGUGACAGCCACAGGGUCAGGAGACACUGGCUGCAGACUAACCAGCCCUUACUGAGGAUGUUUCUGAGCUACUGCAGCUUGCACGGAUCCCACGGUGGAGGAUUGGCUUCUGUACGCAUGGAGCUCAUACUGCUGCUCCAAGAGUCUCACCAGGAUGACUCCACCCAGUCAGUGGCGACAUCCAGUCCUCAGCCCACAUCCAUCCCUCUCCUGAUGGCUUGUACAGCCAACGUUAAGACGGUGGUGGCCAAUCCCAUCAUCUACCUGACCAACCUGACUCAUGACAUCCUGCAGACCAUCACUGCACUCGACUCCCCUCCACACCCUGAUGUUGUUAACAACGAGAUCUAUGUGAUGCACACCUUGGCUGCCUCCUUAUCAGCCUGUAUAUAUCAGUGUCUGUGUGACGGACAAACCUACAGCCAUGUGAACCAUUUCACGGGGACUGUGUAUCAGAGUGUUUUGCUGUCUCAGAAGCAGCCGCUCAGAACUGUCAGCAUGGAUGAGUCUGUACAGCCCAACACUUCUCCUGCACAGUGGCCAGGUAUCGCCUCUCUCAUUCGUCUGUUGAGCUCAGCAGGUGAGGAGAGCCAGCCGGGCUUAGCUGUGCUGCUCUGCGAGAUCCUGACUGCCGUCUUCCUCAGUCUGUUUGUUCACGGCAUGGCCACUCACUCCAGCAACGAGCUGUUUCGCAUCGUGGCCCACCCCCUGAACAGCAAGCUGUGGGUGACAGUGUUCGGAGGAGGCGCCCGGACCCCUGUCAUCGAGAAACCCUGCAGCCCAGCAAGAACACCCCCACCAGCCUCACCAAGUGGCUCAGAGAAGAAGUCCAGACGAUUCAGGCUUCUGUCGUCACGCAGUGGCUCCAAAGAAGAAUCGGGGAUGGACCGUGAGGCACCAGCAAGUCCAAGGCACUGCCCUAUUGUGGAACAGGAAGCUGCCUCUAUCUUUAAAGAACGAUUUGUCCCUCCAGAGCUCAGCAUCUGGGAUUAUUUUAUCGCCAAGCCUUUGUUGCCACCAUCAGAAAACAGAAUUGAAUAUGACUCUGAGGACAGCCAGGGUAGCAAUGACGAGGAGGAGGAUGACGACGACGACGACUACGGAGAUGUGUUUGACCCCAACUCUCCACAAAGAGAGCAUUCAAACCACAACUCAUACAGUUGGUGUUUGAUGCGUCUGGCCAUGGUUCAGCUGGUGUUGGUCAACCUCAAAUCCUUUUACCCAAUGGCAGGAUAUGAUCUAUUAGACCUGCCUGUGGGCUCUCCUCUGUGUCACGCUGUGCUAAAGACGCUGCAGCGCUGGGAGCAAGUGCUGCAGAAACGGCUCGAGAUCUUCGGCGGCCCUCCUUCCAAAUACAUUUCCACCCACCUCCACGAUGAAGCUGCCACACCUGGCCCCGCCCUGCUCAGACACAAAGCCCUGUUUGAACCAACGAAUACCCCAUUCAGGUCAAGCCACCACUCGGCGCUGCCAGUCAAACGUUUAUGGCAGUUUUUGGUCAAGCAGGAAGAAGUGCAAGAGACCUUCAUUAGAAACAUCUUCACUAAGAAACCAGGCACGAAUCAGUCGGUUGAGGACCAGACUGACAAUAUGAAAUGUUCAGGGAUGGACGAGACAGGAAGCAAUCAGACUGAGUCAGAUCUGGGCAGCCCUGGAGGGAAAGCACGCAUCAUCCACAAGGAAUCUGACAUCAUCACAGCCUUUGCCAUCAACAAGGCAAACCGUAAUUGUUUAGUCAUGGCCUCCACCCAUGACAUUCAGGAGUUGGAUGUGUCAUCCAUCUUGGCCACGCAGAUCUUGACAUGGAUCGAUGAUGAUGAGGCUGAGACCAAAGGCGUUGGUGGAGACGACUUCCUGGUGGUCCAUGCACGAGAUGACUUUGCCAGCCUCCACGGCACCACACCGUACACCCACAGCAGCCCCGGCACACCCAUCAACGUGCCGUGGCUCGGAGGCCUGCAGACCGGCAGGGGGGCAGCCGUGAUGAUCAAGAGAAAUAUCAACAAUGUUAGAAGAAUGACCUCCCAUCCCACACUGCCGUACUACCUGACAGGAGCUCAGGAUGGUAGCGUGAGGAUGUUUGAGUGGGGCCACUCCCAGCAGAUCAUCUGCUUCAGAAGUCCGGGCAACUCCAGAGUCACCAGGAUACGAUUCAACCACCAAGGGAACAAGUUCGGUAUCGUGGAUGCUGACGGGGGUUUGAGUCUCUGGCAGACCAACACAAGCGGGAACACGCCCAAACCAUACCUGACUUUGCAGUGCCACAACAAGACAGCUCACGACUUUGUCUUCGUGGGCUCUUCCUCCCUCAUCGCCACCGCCGGCCUUUCAACAGACAACAGGAACGUGUGUCUGUGGGACACUCUGGUGACUCCUGCCAACAGCCUCGUGCACGCGUUCUGCUGCCACGAGUCUGGUGCCACCGUGCUCUCCAUGGCCCCGAGGCAGCAGCUGCUUAUCACAGGUGGGAGGAAGGGCUGGAUCAGCGUCUUGGAGCUUCCCCACAGGCACCAGCGGCAGAGCUUCCAGGCCCACGACUCGCCGGUUAAGGCGCUGGCCGUCGAUCCGACCGAGGACUGCUUUAUCAGCGGAUCGGCCGAGGGAAACAUUAAGGUCUGGAGUCUGGCCACGCAGUGUGCCCUCUACACCUUCACCAACGAACACGCCCGCCAGUCGCUGUUCAGGAACCUGGGCACGGGCGUGAUGCAGCUGGAGGUGGGACCGGCCAACCACAUCUUCUCCUGCGGCGCCGACGGGACCAUGAAGAUGAGGAUCCUCCCCAACCGCUUCAGCGUCGUGAACAACAACCACGGCAACCUCAAGAACGAAGUCAAGUUCUUCAUAUAGACGGAAGAGCAGUUUUAAGUCGACAAUGUGAAGGGCUUUUUAGGAUCGAGCAAAGUUCCCGACAGCCGGUGUGGAAAACACCACGAACCGCCGCCGUGAGCAACAGAGCAAUGAUGUCAAAUUUGAAGAACGUCCUUAAUGACAAAACGGGUGAAACAUUCAUAGGAUUUACAGACUUUCACUGAGCGACAGAUCCUCUGUGGUCUGUGCCACCCAGAAACGUGGCUUUAAAGCCGAGGAGCUUCUACAAGUGUUUUAAACGGUCGAGGAAGCUAAAGUGAGCACAGGGUAACGAGUGAGAGCACGUUCAAUCAGAAUGAACUGAAAACAGACAAAACACCCAGCUGGAGAUUCUCCACAACAAACUGCCAUCUCAGUUUCCACUGAACAGCACACGGAGAGCCUCGGUUUGGUUUCCUUUUUUUUUUGCACAGGGAGUGAAUCGGUAGACGGAGCGAGAUGUGAAGUCUGAAGCUGCAGCGUUACAGUAUCGCCUCCUCUUUAGCUCGCAUUAGUAAAUCACGGCGACAGUGGGAGCUCUGGUGGAGUCGCUGCUGGAGCGUUCAGGUGAUGCAGCAGACUGUACGCAGCGAGUCGUACGGGGACAAUAAGAGAUCCCUUCAGGGGGUUCAGAGUCAACACAGGACUGUUGAAGCCGCUCAGCACAACGCAGCAGGAGCAGCGGACAUCGUACAAAGCACAUUAUAUCCGGCCACAAGGAUUCCCGCCGCAUCCCGGUGCUCCACGCAAACAGACGAGCAGCAGGCGCCGGUCACGAUCAAACCACACUUUGGGAUUCAUCAGAUUCAGGCGGUUUCAUGUCACUGUUGUUGUGUCACACUUUGGUUUUUUUAGGCUUGAACUUGAAAUGAACACAGGAAGUGGAUUUUAUUUCGGUGGAAACGAACACAUAUCGAGUACAUUUCAAGCAACAGUUUGACAUUUCGAGAAAUGUGCUCGUUUCAGAUGUCGGGUUGAAGAGCGACACCGCUCGCCUGUAGGGGGCCACGGCGAGCAGCUUAGAUUAAAGCUUCAAAUACCUCUACUGGACAAGCUAAAACGCUAGCUCUAGUUUGAUCCGUGUAAUUAAUGAUAGCAUUCAUUGGCUCUGCAGCAGCUUUGUCCUGAAACUUCUACACAAACAAUACAGAGCUGCUCCAUGUUUAGUUUCUGCUCUGUGCUAAGCUAACAGGCCGUUCAUCAAACUCUCCGUCUGAACAUUUCCCAAAAUGUCGAACUGUUCCUCAAACCGAGCGAGUAGAAGCUUAACCCGUGGACUGCCCGGCUGCACCAGUACUUUCUGUAUUUGCACAUAAAAACUAAGCUAAAUUCUAAGUAGUUCUAUAACCACACGAAGCAGGAUAACAGUAGAGCAGUCCAAGUCUUUGGUGAUAAGGUCAUAAUGUGUAGUUUUGUUUAUCCUGGCCUAGAUUUAACCAGUAGUAGUAUUAUUAUGAUAAAUAAGUGUCCUUAAUCACUGAAUACGACUUCUGCCGCCUGGCACAAGUACGCUGGGUCCUGCUAAUAUUGAUUAUCGUUGAUAUUCAGUUGCACAGAGUAGCUUUAAUUUAAGGCCCCUGUUGGUAUGGGACACUAUGAGUAAUACCUUUUUUUGUUGAAUAUUAUGCUUAAGAUCAUGUAGCAGGAAACGUUUGCUGUUGACAAUGGAAAAAGGGGGCGUCGGGAGGGAGGGAGGGUGGACGGGGACGUUUUAAUGGGAACUCUGUUUGAAAAAUGUUUUAUUCCGAUAACAGCGCGCUUCCCUUCCACCGACUCUCUCGCACGGACCACGAUCGACAACUGCCUUGGAAGCAAUAUCGUUUGUAAUAAUUAUCUUAAUUUUAUUCGCAGACUUGCUUUAACUUCAGUUUUUUUUAUUUUCUUUUUAUAUCAUUGAAACGCAGCACAUCGCCUUCAGUCGGAAUACGUGAGCUAGGCUGGUGUUUAAUAAGACGCGUCUUCCACUUGAAUAAGGAAGGAGUUCAUGCAAACUGUCCCAUAGCAGAGUAGAACCCGUGAAGCUAGAUAUCCAGAGAACCUCGUGUGCUGCUGUAGGGAAACAAGCAGGUUUACUGUGUUGUAUAUAUACAUAGAUCCAUUCAAUAGGCUCCUCAUCAUACCUGCAUAAUCACAGCAACUAGACGAACGGCGGGUAAAAGCCGCUUUAUGAAGAAUAUCUGUACAAACAGCUAUAUUUAUGAAUCAUGUGUAGGAUUAUAGAUUGAUUGAUCAAAAGGCAGAUGUAAUCUUAUUUCUAAUUAUUUUUCUUUCUCUUUAAGUUUUUAUUUUUCUAUUUUUUGCUCGUGUGAGCUGCUGUUUUUUUCUUUUCUUUUUCUCCCCACGAAUCAAAGUGGUUGUUAAAUCCUGUUUACUCCUGCAGCAACUGGAGAAUAAAGAUCUGUUUUAUCGAAAGCCAAACCGUAUGUACUCCUAAAGACACUGGAGAAUAAACUUACUUUUUAUCAAAUAACUGCUUGCUUUCCUUUAAAGCCUCGCAUCGCAGCAGAUCAGCGAGCCGAGUCGAGCCGAGUAGAUGGCACGAAGUCACUCGGCUCGACGAUAAGAAGCCGAAUCAUCGCUUCUUCUUUUCUUUUCUUUUUUCUUUUUUCUCCUCCUCCCCCCUUCUUCAAUCUUGCAAAUGUGAAUUUAAGCAGAUAAUUCUAAUUUUAUAAUGAAGAUAUUGUGUAAAUCGAUGUAUUAUACUCAGAAAAUGUACUGAUGUAAUAAAAAGAGUUAUGUAACAUGA